CGGCGUGUACCAAAAAUGGCAAAGGAUAUCAACCAGGGGACGCAAUUAAGGAUAACUGCAAUAAAUGCACCUGUGAGCUCUACACCCAGCCGUACUCACGCUACGAGUGGCAGUGCACCAACCACGUCUGUCUUAUACGACCAGAAAUUAUAGACGCCAUCAACGACGGUCCCUUUACGUGGAAGGCCCGCAAUCAAUCAAAGCUCUGGGGCCUGACCCUGGACGAUGGGGUCCGCUACAGACUGGGCACCUUCCAGCUGGCACAGAACGUGGUGGACAUGACGCCCAUCAAGGUGCCCGUCGAGACGAUCCCCGAGAGGUUCGACGCCCGCGAGAAAUGGCCCGGGCUGAUACACCCCAUCACGGACCAGGGGAACUGUGGCUCGUCGUGGGCCCACUCGACCACAGCUGUCUUGGCCGACAGGCUGAGUAUAGAGACGGACGGUGCCAUCAAAGACCAGCUGUCGGUGCAGCAUCUGCUCUCCUGUAACACACACUUCCAGACGGCGUGUGAAGGUGGACACUUGGACAGGGCCUGGUGGUAUCUGAGGAAACAUGGAGUGGUGAGUGAGGAGUGCUACCCCUACACCGUCCCGCCCCCAGGCGUCAAGCCCCAGUGCCUGAUCUCUGGAGCCAACCCCAGGUGUCCGAGUGGACGGGAGUACAAAGUAGGGAAACGUUUCAUGUCCACCCCGCCCUACAGGAUCCGGCCGUCGGAAAGGGAGAUAAUGAUCGAAAUUAUGGAAAAUGGUCCAGUUCAAGCCGUUAUGUUGGUGAAGGAAGAUUUCUUCCUCUACAGCCACGGUAUCUACCGCUACACCAACAUCGUCAAGAGGAAGAACGAACCAGAUAAAAAUCUCAAGUCUGGCGUCCAUUCGGUCAGGAUUAUUGGAUGGGGAGUGGAGAGAAAUUUUGAAGGGGACAUAAUCAAAUACUGGAUCUGCGCCAACUCCUGGGGCACCGACUGGGGUGAGAAAGGCUACUUCAGGAUUCUCCGGGGCGGUGACGAGAGUCAGAUCGAGGACUCGGUGAUCGGCGUGUGGGGGAGGAUCAGCGGGGACGAGGCUCUCAGCACUCUCCUGUACGCAAACCGCAGGCAGAGAAACAGGGGAAGGGUCAGCGGGGACGAGGCUCUCAGCACUCUCCUGUACGCAAACCGCAGGCAGAGAAACAGAAACAACCCACGGGGCAAGAGACAACUGCGCGCCAGACGGGGCAGACGACGACAGAGGCGCGAACACGCUGAGCGACACAACCUGAACAAGAUCGAGAGCUACAUGGAGCUGGAGCAUAACACGGGCAGGAAGUACCGGGACUUCAAGAGCUCCAAGCAUCGCAUCCUCACCCGCAAGUGGAACAAGAACAAAAAGAAACUUAAGAAAAACUAAAUUUUUUUUUCUAAUCUAAUGUAACCAAUCUAAAAAUAUUGGGCGAAUUGUUUUAAACGAAGGAUAUAUACAUAUAUGUUAUAUAUAUAUAUAUAUACAUGUAUAUAUAUGUAUAUGUAUAUAUGUGUAUAUAUAUUUAUAUAUAUAUACACACAUAUAAAAUAUGUAUAUAUGUAUUUACAUAUAUAUAUAUAUAUAUAUAUAUAUAUAUAUAUAUAUAUAUAUAUAUAUAUAUGUCUAUGGAUGGCAUUAUUUAGAAAUUUCCAGAAGGGAAUGAAGAGGUUAGGUCGCCACAGUAGGAAUCAUAAUACAACGUUACUCGUCUACAUCAAUGUGCAUUUUUCUCUGUCUACACUACCGAAUACAAAAUGGCAUGUUUUUAUGCCUUUAGUUUAUCAGUUCAAGUUACAGACCUGUUUGCCAUAGUGUAGAGCAAACGCUCAUCUACUGAAAUUUUAAAGGCUUUUUUUUCUGUUGUUGCGAUGUUUUGUUUGUUGAUGUUUUUAUAUGAAGCUUCGGGUGGCAUUUGUGAUGACUUAGGUACUGGUGACAUCUGCGAUGACUGAAUGACAGUUGACAUUUGGGAUGUGAAGAUGACACUGUUUAAUUAAAUUUUACUAACCGGUAAAGCGUAAAAUGAAUUGUUUUUAUACAUCUCCGUUUAGAGAUUAUAUCCAACACGUUGAUUGUAUUCUGCAUUUGUUAUAAAUUAGCGCUGCGUAUGACCGGCUCCUUGCAUUUAUAUUUAGAUAGAGACAUAAGAACUUUAGUAAUUCAUUAAACGUGUGUCCAGUACGAGUGAUUCUUAUUUAGAAAAUGACCCAAGCCCUGUAGUAAGAAAUUAUAUCGUAGUUGUCUACUACAGAAGAUUUAAAAUAGUAUGGCAUAUUUUUAUUAUGAUAAACUGUAACAGACACAAUAUAAUAGUAUGGCAUAUUUUUAUUAUGAUAAACUUUAACAGACACAAUUAAGUAGUAUGGCAUAUUUUUAUUAUGAUAAACUGCAACAGACACAAUAAAAUAGUAUAGCAUAUUUUUAUUAUGAUAAACUGUAACAGACACAAUAAAAUAGUAUGGCAUAUUUUUAUUAUGAUAAACCGUAACAGACACAAUUAAAUAGUAUGACAUAUUUUUACAACGAUAGUCUUUGACAGACACGAUAAAAUCGUAUGCCAUAGUUGCAUUACUAUAAACUUUACCAAACACAACUCAUAGCGAUGUUCUACAAGAAUGACGAUACUGUCUGUUUGUAGGCCGCAUGUUAUCUAAUGGGAUUCGAACCCAAAUCCACUCAAAAAAAUCCAUUCAAGGAAAACAACGAUGCUUUUUUUUUUCUGCCGUUCUUAUUUCCCUUUGCAGUAGAUAGUGUAUACAACAACGGUUAGAAAACAUACAAUCCAGCGAGGCAACAACCCAGUGUAUAAUAGUGCAAGUUAAAAUUACAUGUGUAAAUAUCUAUAGCGUGUAUUUAUAUCUACUCAAUACCAAAGUGACAAAAAUUAGUAGCAGGGCGAUCGCAUGUGUAUGUGACGUGUGUCUUGUGUUAUAUAUAUAUAUAGGCCUAUAUAUAUAUAUAUAUAUAUAUAUAUAUAUAUAUAUAUAUAUAUAUAUAUAUAUAUAUGUGUGUGUGUGUGUAUGUGUGUGUGUGUGUAAACGUAUACUGUAUACGUACGUGAAUGCAUAUAUUGAUAUAUAUAUAUAUAUAUAUAUAUAUAUAUAUAUAUAUAUAUAUAUAUAUAUAUAUAUAUAUAUAUAUAUAUAUAUGUAUACGCUUAGAUAUAUAUUUGUCUAUCAACAUCAUAAUAUUAUAUAUCAAAUUAGUAGAUUCCUAUAGCCAUGUAAUAUUAAUUAUAUAAUUAAAUCUAAGUGUAAUUUUACUUUUGCAGUAUUUUGUUUUUGUAUUUUUGUUGGAUGUAACACUUGAAUUAGCAACCCUUUUUAUUUAUCUUUAAGAGACGAACCCACCAACCCCACACCCACCUCAAAGUGUAACCCCCCUCCCCCACCCACCCAAUGCACAUAUAUUUUCCGUGUGUAGGUUUGUAGAAAAUUGAAGUCAAGAAUCACUUAAAACAUGAACGCCCUCCAGGGAUGUAAUUCAAAUAUUCUCGACUCCCCAUAUCCUAAAUAAUUAACUCCCCUUUCAUUGAUUUUGUUUUUUCUUUUUCUGGAUAAAAAUAAAAAUUAUUCUUCCGUUAAUUCCUACAUAAGAGAGCGUCUUUAUAUGACAAAACUAAGCGUAAUAAAUUUUCUUUAACCUUAACUAUAAGUAGAGAUUGUAAUCUCAGAUGCUUAUGACUGUGUUAUCCCAGCUAAGAGCUACCGGUCAAUCAUAUUUUUAAAAAAAUAAUCCUGGUUAAGGAGUCUUGUUUUAUUUUAGUUUGGUCUAGUAUAAUAUCUCUUUGUUUUAGUUUGGUUUAGUAUAAGAUCUUUUGUUUUAUUUUAGUUUGGUCUAGUAUAAGAGGUCUUUGUUUUAUUUUUCGUCUAGUGUAAGAGCUCUUUGGUUUAUUUUGGUUUAAUCUAGUAUAAGAUCUCUUUGUUUUCUUCAAAAUUAUUAUAGUGUUGAAAGAUGAAAAAACCAAAAACUUAAUAAAUAAAAAUAAAUGGGUCCAUGUCUUUUCGUUUCUAAAGUCAUUGUUUCACACCUUAUACCACCAGGUACGUGUGAGUCAGUAUCUGGGUUAGGUCACGUCUGCUGCAUGCUUGUGUGUCACGUGAUUCAAAUACCUUUGACCCCCCCCCUACCCCAACCUUUUCAUCCCACCUAUAUAACAAAAAAACUGUCUGUAGCUUUAUAUGCAUCUGUUAAGGUUCAAUGUGAGCCAUUUGAUGCUUUGUACUGGUCAGAUCCUGGAAUAUUUAUUAGUAAAAUAAAUAAAAUAUUAUUUCAUUA